AAAGUAAAAUCCAAAAAGUGCUCUACAGCUCCCCCUCUAUUAACAUUAUUCCUGCAUCAGUUUUACCACUCCACCAUCCAAGAGUCUCUUUCCUCAUAGGAAAGUUUCAAUCAAAGCUUUGGUCCUUGCUAUUGAUCGCUUCUACUUUCCCAUACAAGCUCGUAUGUUCAAUGGGCACGGGCACUGGUGAUGCUACCGUGGAGCUGGAAGCCAUGCGCAAAGACGACUCCUCCUGGCACCCAUGUCGAGUCUCCCUCAGCUCCACUGGAUUUGGCCUUAUUGUAGACUUUGGGAGCCAAGACUUAGAAGACAUAAUAUCAAAUGAGGAAGAAGCACUUGCUCGUCUUCGCAUUCGCUCAGUUCCUCUUCAAGGUGAGGACUGCUUGCUCAUAGAAGAAGGUGAGCGUGUUCUUGCGACCCAUAAGUCACAUUUUAAGACCCUCUCCUUUGAUGCUAUGGUGGAAAAGGCACUAAGAGUAAGACACUCGACGAGGAUUAGCUGUAGAUGUACUUUUGUGAUCAAGUGGCUUCACCAAGACCUCAAAGGAGCAACAUCAAUUGUUCCAUCUAGUUCAAUAAGGAAACUGGCAACACAAAGCAUCACUGUCCAUCCAACAGUUGCUGCAUUCUUGAAACCAAUAAAACCCUUGAAUUGCUCUGCUGCCCCUUCUUUUUCAACUGUUUUUGAAGAUGUGGAUUGUGAAGUUGACCUUCAUAAAUUGCUAGAAAAGCAAAUAGAAGAAAUCAGCAAUUUAGCCGAUGCAUCCAAGAAGGAAAUUUCAGAAGACAUCCUUUUUGGGAUUAAAGCUGAUAUAAAGGAACAGAUGGAUUGCAGCCCAGUUGCUGAAUCGAAAAUAACCAGUUCACAUUUUCAAGUUCCUCAUGAGCAGGAGAAUCACUUCAAGAGAUCUACUCGUUCUUCGAGCAAAUUACAAGUGAACAUGGAAGUCAAGGAUCCACUACCCCCUGAUUCAUCUAUUCAAGAGGAGCUUUCAGAAAACAGGGCUUAUCUCAGUCCUCUUGCCUCUCGUGCAGCUCUUGCCUCAAUAAUGUCAAACCUGCCACAAAAGCUUGAAUUCUCAAUCUACCAUGAGGAAGAAAAUGGCUUUGCCUGUGCACGAGACAAUAUUACUAAUAAGCAUGUCACUAUCGAUUUAAUAAAUGGUACUAAACCAGUGAAGGAUAAGCUUUCCUCAGAAAUAGAAGCUGCUUUCAUACCUGCUGAAAUCUUUAAAUCACUCAUCACAACAGAAAAGGGUGCUUCCAGAAGGCCUCUGCUUGUGGAAGCUUCUUCUGAAAUAGCAAACCCAAAGAGCCAAAAUGAUGCCAGCCCAAGUUUAUCAGGCUUGAUAGAAGAGAGGAAGUUAAGACAGCCUGCUAAAGAGUCUAGAUUUACAAGCUCAGCAAUUCAAAAACAUGCUGUAAGUUCAACUAGCAAUGCUGAGAUGAAAACCCAUGCUGACGAAAUAAAAUCAGUGGCUUUAACUAACAAAAGGUUGACUCGAUCAGCAGUUCAUAAACAAGAAGAAAAUCUGGCCAUGGAGGUUAAGCAAAGGUCAGAAGUAAAUAAUUCAGCUCAAGAUAUAGAAUCAAAUUCUUCUGAAGGAAAUGUCACAAUCCCUGAUAGAAAGGCACCAAAAAAGAAGAAACCAGUAUCUUUACCACCUGCUGCUCAGACUAGUUCACCAGUCACUGAGGAGAGAAACAAGAAGCGAAAGAUGCCCAGUGCUGUUGAGACUGCCUCAAAGACUGAAGGCAAAGUUUCAAGAAAUGGUGGAAAUAGUGAAAGCCAGAAGAGCAAAUCAACUUCCUCAAAGAAGCAAGAGCUGCGAUUCUCUCCUCGACUUAGAUUUCUCCCUCGAACUCGUUCAGCAAACAAGUGUUAGCAUGUUAGGGAGGUAUAAACUGGUAAAUUCAUGGUCUCUGCACUUUUGAUAAUACCUUGCUUUCUUUGAUCUGAGGUGAGAAAGAAAAUCAAGACUAUAGAUUAAACUCCUCAAACAAGGUGUUAUAUGCAUGCAUAUGGGAUCAUGACAGUAUCUCUAUUUGGAGGUACAUUAUAAGAAUACUUAAUAGAAAGAUUAAUGGGACCUCUUUGGCCUUGCAACAAUAUCUCUUUUAGCGGGUAUGCUGUGAAUAUUGAAUAGAAAGACUAAGAGGGCUCUCCUUAGCCUUGCAAUCUUCCAUUGUUUUCUUCUA